CUCAGGUACUCUCCCCAUCCGCGCCUCUACUGGCCAAUGCAGGUUGUUGGCUGAACGGGACGUGUAAUCUAGUGCAGAUGAGCCUCUAGUAACAAGUUGCUCGGCUCCCCCCGCUUGCUUGCUCCUGUGUUGCCAAGUCUAUUCAGCGGAAAAAAAGGAUUUAUCGAUACGUGAGACACGAGGAAUGGACUCUUUGAACCAACGCUUGCGCUGAUAGAGCGACUUCCAGAAUAACUUUGGGUGACUGAAUCAUUCUAAAUCCCGUGUCUUCUUUCUCGUUUUUGGAUAAAGGAGUUUGUUUCUAUUAUUAAGAUGACCGGGGAAACGCGAUUGGUGCUGUGGUAACGUUACAAGCCAUUAAUUGCCUUUGGGUAACGUUGCCGGCUAGGUUAUUACAUUCAUUUUACUGGAAGUUGAGUGUAUGAUGUACGUAGUUUGUAUUAAUUUGGAAUAAUGGGAAGUGUGUGACGUUAAGUGUCAGUCCUUAUCAUCAAGCGUCAAGAACUUUGCUAACUAGCAACUGUUAGCAACUUGCUAGCCAACUAUACUAGCUGACUGAUGCAUUUAGCUAGAAGUACAGCUUCCAUACCAGUUUAAAGGUUGAAGUAACUUUAUUUCAAUUACUAUUAAGUCGUUUGGCAGACACAAUAUUUGGUCUGGAACUCGUCAUUUUCAGUUGAGAUUAUUUGGUGUGUGAGUCAGCUCAAUUGGUUUCAACUUGCCUAAGGGAUUGAUGAGCUGCUGAGAGUGUGAUAACCUAUUGAGUUAAACAUGGCUCCUAAUGGAUUUAAGGGGGAGUAAGGCUGGAGAAAGCAGCUUGACUCGGCACUUGGUUAGCAGUAAGUCACAACAGAAAAGAGAUGGGGUACUUUACCCCCUCAAGCCGACAACAUGUUGCAUUUAAUUCUCUAUUUUAAGAGCAUUAAGGGUCUGGAUUGUGAACAGGUGUUAACACAGCAGUAACCAAAAGUAAAUGCUACAGCGUGUGUACUACGAGAGGAAAUACGUCCAGUUGCAGUUAGCUGGGAAAUAGGUUUUCCUGUCAUUUUGUGUAUCAGUGUGGAUGUUUAGCCAUUUUGAGAGUCUGAGCUGCCAUAAAAAAACAAUGGAAACCAUAGAACACAGGAUAGAGAAACAGUUUGUAGGCAGGGAUCCUAACCACUUGCGGGAACCUGAGAGAUACAGUUUGGACCAGAGAAAUGUCGAUGGAGAAGGAUGGAGGCUGGUGGAUGUGCUCCUCACUGGAGGGGCACCAUGGGGUUUUACCCUCAGGGGAGGCCAGGAACAUCACGAACCUCUUCUCAUAACUAAGGUAGAGGAGGGUAGCAAGGCAGCAGCUGUCAGGCUCCAGGUUGGAGACGAGCUGGUCAACAUCAACGACGUCCCCCUGAGCGGCUACCGGCAGGAGGCCAUCUGCCUUGUCAAGGGAUCCCACAAGACCCUCACGCUGGUGGUGAAAAGGAGGAAUGAACCUGUAAGCAGGCCUCACUCCUGGCAUUCAACCAAGUUCAACGAGGGCCAAUCGGAGACGUCCAAAGCACAGUCAACACCCUCGCCAGUCUGGCAAACAAGAUAUGAUGCAAGUUCAUCCUCAACGGAUCUCUCAUCUGGCUGGGACCAGACAAACCUGCGCCGAGUGUCUGACCAGUUCAGUUCUCUGGGCAGCAUGGACAGCCUAGAGCACGCGCCCCACCCUUACCCACCUGGGCGUCUGUCUCCAGGGAAGUCCAACAACAACAGCGUGGAGCACCUCGGAGGCGGCAAACGUGACUCAGCAUACAGCUCUUUUUCCACGAGCUCUGGCACACCAGAUUAUACCCUUUCUAACAGUAACGCAGCCUCCACUGAAAACAUGCUUUAUAAGGUCAACCAGUGGGAUUCGGGAAGUAGGCACACCAAUGGAAGGCAUAGUGUUGGUGAAGGGGUGCGGCAGGAUGAGCGUCCAGGCUACCUACAGUUGCCCUCGGGCACGGGAAGUGGCGAGCCACCCAGGACUGAGGAACAGUCAGGCUCCCGGCACUCAAGCUCGAGUCGAACCAACUUUGGACCUGUGUGGCACGUGCCAGACAAGAGGAAGACGUCAGCCCCUUCCCCUCCGCCACCUCCACCCCCAACCCGCAGCGAUAGCUUUGCUGUGACCAAGGUCCACGAGAAAGGAAUGGUAAUCGCUUACCCAGAAGCCCCGGGGGCUCAUGCACAAUUGAAGUCUCAAGGCAAAGGGUUAGACUAUCAAGGUAGCGAGAGGGGCUCGGAGGCUCGCCGUAGUUAUAUUCCAAGUAAAAAUGACAUUGUCAGUCCCUACAUUUCAGGAGAGGCCUACAGCCAGCCGCAGUUGAACUCCAACAAGACAUACUCUUUCUCCAGCACUGACGUACGAGUUGGUCUCCCGCCAGCUUAUUCCCACACGCCCUACCAUCAACGACAGUACAGUGAUGAGAGCACUUUACAUGCCCAGGCCAGGGCUGUGUCAGCACCCAGAACUAAGAACAUCAGUGGUUACUACAGCAGCAUGCAAGAGCUGCCCACCAACAACCACUCUCAGAUCUACAACCAGAACCAAGGAAAGACACCAAGCACUUCUUUAUCCUCAAAUGCCAUCGAUCAGAACGCAGACAGCGGAGGCCACAGCCGGUACUACUGUGUUACUUCUAGACAGCCACAGUCAGUAUCCCAGGCCUCCAUAGCAAAGAUGGAAGACUGGAAGGCUGGUUCUAGUCCAGAGAUGGCACAAGGUGGAGGGGAGAGGAAUUCUGUCAGUGCUCAAGGGGGGGUUAGUAAACCCAAGUAUCCUCCAACUCAGGUACUACAGUACAACCUAAACAGUAAUGGACAGUGCAAGCAAGGGGAGAACCAGUACUCUGCUAUCAGCCCUGCUAGUUCACUGGAAGUAUCAAAGGUAACACUAAAUGUUGAGCAGAGGUCAAGUCAGAGAAGGAACAGUGGGCCCGUUUCAGAGCCAUACUACAUGAGCUAUCCACCGAGUAAGCAAACUGAACAGAGGAGGACUUCUGGCGCUCCAGCGGCAAAGGAGCCUGCCCAGGAGCUUUGGCAGCCCCAGGGGCAGAUUAAGAUAUGCCCACAGAAAACGCCCAUGCUGCACUCCCUUUCCAAAGGAAACUCUGAGCAGGAUGAUGGAGCCCCAGGCAGUGGAGCUGAAGGAUCAAAGGAAGUUGUGGAGAUUGUCAAUGGCAAGCAGGUACGUCGCACUGAUCGGUUCGCCACCACACUGCGCAAUGAGAUCCAGAUGAAGAGGGCUCAGCUGCAGAAGAGCAGAAGUGCCGCUACCCUGAGUUCCACCGAGGAGGCCGAGGAGACGCCAGACCAUUCGCCAACCUCAGCCGAAGGGUCCUUCACAAGCUCUUAUAAAGACCAUCUGAAGGAGGCACAGGCCCGGGUCUUGAAGGCCACCUCGUUCAGAAGGAGAGACUUGGAGCCGGUAUUGCUUGAGCAUCCUGAGCCCCAGCUGCCAGGUCCUCCCACCACAACAGCCAUUAGUCGUAAAGAGGGAGCCUCCCUGCCCAGUGUCUCCGAAGUCCUGCAGACAAAACCUGCGUCCGCUGGUGGCCAGGUGUCCCGCAUCGGGUCACGGAAGCGCAUUCCUGCAGACAAGAAGGUGCGAUCGUUCUCCGAGCCGGAUAAGAUUCACGAGGUCGGAGUUGAUGAGGACCCCCCAUGCCCCCCAGACAGUGCUGUGUCCUCAGCAGGGCGGCGCAAGCUCUACGAAGCCACAGGAAAGCCAGCCUUUCCCAAACCACUUCCUAAGCAGCCACAGCAACAUGCCUCCGAUGACCGCAGGGUGACCAGGCCUGGUGGUGGAAUGCCACAGCCAGGGCAGACCGAGGAUGUCACAGAGAGAAAGCGUUCUGGAACUCCUCCGCAGGGCAGUUCCAUGGAGGGCCAAGAUGGCCUCAGCUCAGUGCAGGGGCUGGAGAACCAGAGGUUGGGCACGUUUGCAGAAUAUGAAGCCACAUGGAACAUCCAGAGGAAACCCCCGGAGUCAAAGCCCACAGGAAGGUAUCACUCUGCAGAUAACAUCUUGGACCCAGCUGUGGAGGAGAGAAGUAAACCACCAUGUGUUCACGAGAGGUCCAGGUCCUCCCCCUCUGCUGACUUCUAUGGCCAGAACAUCCCAGUGCGAGGACGGAAAUCAGCCGAGUACGCGCACACAGAGAGCAAGCUCUCCGAGCUACAGAGGUCUGGUACAAGGUUGUCUGGCAGAGGACCUAGCGAGUUGCGCGUAAAACCGAAGCCUGUAGAACCCGACCAGUUCCCAGACCUGCCCCCUCCUCCUCUACCACCUCUUCCACCUCCUCCUCCCCCAGCACCUUUGGAGAACCUCGACUCCCCAGCGUGGGACGCCCCUCUCCCUCCUCCCCCUAGUCCUCCUCCAGCCACGCUCCUCCCCGACCCAGUCGACCCUGCUCCACCUCACCUGCACCUGCACCCGCAACCCUAUCCCCAAACCCUCUGGAAGAGACAAGUGCUGCCCCGCCCGGACAGGUACCAGCAUCCAGACACUGCACCCUCCCUCCCCGACCCACCCCCCACCCCCCUCCCCUUUUCCGGCUUUCAGGGCGGAGUCCUGCAUUUCCACUCCCCCAACACCGAAGCUGACCCCGCCCUCUGUCCACACAGGGAUCUGGAGAUACUGAAGAAGGAGGAAGAGGAGGAGGAGGAGGAGGAGAAGAAAGAGGAGGCGGAGAAGAAAAAGGAGGAGGAAAAGCUGGAGCUGAAGCCGGAGCCUGCGCUGCCCCCGCCCCCGCAGCAGCCCUCGCACGGGGCCCCGGCGCUGGCCAAGCCCACCAUGGAGGGCCAGCGCUCACCCUCGCCCCAGUUCUCUCCCCAGAGGCUGACCGACAAGCCCCCCGUCUCCCUGCAGGAUGAAGCCCCUGAAAGGAUGGAGAGGGUGAGUGAGGACAACAGCGCUGCCAGAAAAGUGCCCAUCAAGAUCGUCCAUGCCGAGAGCGACACGGAGAAGGAGAGCAGGCAGUACCUCCACCCUCACAACGUAGCUGGUGGUGGUGGUGGGGCCAGCGGGACAGGCAGAGAGGCCCCUCAAGCUCCCUUGGGCCCUGGAGCCACUCACCUGACCAGCCUGUCCGGCCCCGAGCAGUCGUACUCCGUCUUCAGUGCCUACUCACGACAGCAGAGGGACCACGGCCCAGAGCCCAGGUCUGCCGCCGACAUGGGGGCCCAGAGGGAGCCGUCUGAGCCCAGGAGAGACCCGCACAAGGGCCCCCAGGCCGAGCACAGGCCCUCGGAGGCCCCAGCAGCACCGCCGACAGAUGCCCCCCACCACGCCCCUCACCCCAGCAGCAACGGGGUCCCAGCAAUGUCCAUCAGCACCCGGCUGCGGUCAGCGGAGGACGAGAAGAGGGAUGAGCUGGCGAGGGACAUCAUCGACAAGGACAAGUCCCUGGCUGACAUCCUGGACCAGAGCAAGAUGAAGACCACUAUGGACCUGAUGGAGGGGCUCUUCCCCCAGGGCGACCAGCUGCUGGAGGGGGCCCUCCAGCGGAGGAAGGCGGCCCCCAAGCAGGCCUCGCCCCGGAGCUCGGAGGAAAGGAAAGCGGAGGAGAGCACCAUGGCAGGCGCCGUUGCCCUGGCGACCAGUUCCACCUACUACAGCACGUCCGCUCCCAAGGCAGAGCUCCUUAUCAAGAUGAAGGACAUGCAGCAGGAAAGUGAAGAGCAGGAGGAUUCAGAGGAGGAGCUUGACCACGAACUGGCCAAUAAGAAGCAAGAGCUGAUCGACAGCCUGAGCCGCAAGCUGCAGGUGCUGCGGGAGGCGCGCGAGAGCCUGCAAGAGGACGUGGAGGAGAACAACGCGCUGGGCCAGGAGGUGGAGGUCACCGUGCAGCAGGUGUGCAAGCCCAACGAGCUGGACAAGUUCCGUAUGUUCGUGGGCGACCUGGACAAGGUGGUGAGCCUGCUGCUGUCGCUCUCUGGGCGGCUGGCACGCGUGGAGAACGCCCUCAACAGCCUGGAGGAGGACGCCUCACCUGAGGAGAGGCGGAUCCUGACGGACAAGCGCAAGCUGCUGAUCCGACAGCACGAGGACGCCAAGGAGCUGAAGGAGAACCUGGACCGCCGUGAGCGUGUGGUCUACGACAUCCUGGCCAGCUACCUGGACGAGGAGAGCCUGGCGGACUAUGAGCACUUUGUCAAGAUGAAGUCGGCGCUCAUCAUCGAGCAGCGCAAGCUAGAGGACAAGAUCAAGUUGGGCGACGAGCAGCUCAAAUGUCUGAUGGACAGCCUGCCGCUGGACCAGAGGCUGCCCAUCUGAGGAGACCUCUAGACAGGAGCCGCAUUCGAAAUGUUCACUUAUUCACUCACUCACUCCCUAUAGUGAAUGAGUGAACAUUUUGCAUUUCGACCACAGCUUGUGUGUCCGACAUUCCAUCCAGACCUCCGUCUGGACUACUUCCUGUCCUCCUCUGUGACCCCCACCCCAUCUUGACUGGGCUCAGCCCUUUCAAUCUAUACCAGACAUGGUCUGAUGUUGUUCAGACGCCACUGAGUGCUUAACUGACUCUGCUCCCUGACCACAGUUUGACCCCCGCACCAACCACUGUGUAGCUCAUCUUAUUUGUCUGGGCAGAGGAAAGAACUGCCAUAUCUUACAAAGAAACAGCCCUUAGCCACAGCUCCCUCUCUGAACUGAAUAGAACUGAACUGAGCUGUCUGGGUUGAGACAUUUUGCACCUUUAGGGCACUUCGGCAGACAGUGCUCCUGACCACAGAAGAACUACACUCUUGACAAACCACUGCUCGGCUUCUCACAAAAUAUAAGUAGCUUUCUGACCACUAGAGGGCAAUGUUGAGAUGGGCUUACGCGUCUGACUGACCACAUGUUACAUUGUUAAAGCUGUGUGUCUACAUGUCUGUCACACAAACGCAUACACAGACACUAAGACACACACACACACACACACACACACACACACAUCUGAGAAAGUGAACUAAGGUCAUUUCAGUGAGUUUCAGGGCCCACGGUUCUCUUUUUUUCAGAUUCAUCAUGAUGUUCAAUGUCGCUCUCACACUCAGUAAUCUUAUUCAGGGACACCACUGAAGCCUGAUGGUUUUUCAACAGGGCAGCACAUCUCCAAAAAACAACCCAAGACUCUUAGAUGGUGCAUUAUUUCAUACCACAUUGUUCUGUCUUUUUGUGUCACAUCACAACGCAAAAUAAAAUGAAAUCCAUGUUUUUUUUAGUAAUUUAUUGUAGCCCUUUUAAACUUGUACAUAAAUUAGAGUAGGCUACAGUAGUCCUUUUUCCCCCACACACCUGAUUUUAGCCAGGCCAAACGUAUCACAUCGGUCAAUCACUUUUGAGUAGCUGCUUAUCUCUAACAUUGCAUUAACUCUUACUGUAAUUGCUACAUUGCUACGUAACCUGAGACUUGCCUAAAACCGUUCCAUGUUACUCCAUUGUGGAUUCAAUACUUGUCUAUAAAAUACCAGCUGCCUUUCGCUCUGUU